UAAUACCACGCGCGGUAUGAGGCUUGCAUACAUACAUACAUACAAAUGCACAUAUAUGCAAAAAUUCGGGUUCGAAAGCAGCAUUAGAAAAUAAACGAAUUUGUGUACUCGGAAAUAUUCGGACUGAACUUCAUACUUUUGGGUCACGUGUGUUUGUGCAAUGGUGAUUCCCCAUAUGAAGAGAGCGGCAUAUACAAACAUACCUAGCAUUUAAUGAUAUAGCAACAAAAACUAUGCAUGAGAUGAUAAUAAAAGCACAUUGAAAACAUUUGGAGCAAAUGACUGAGGCACAAGCAAAUUAUAAUUGUGAAAAAAAAAACCAUACAAAAAAAUUGCUGUUAAUGAUAAAAUCAAAUGCACUCUUAUCAAUCAAAUCAGUCGUUUGUGUUAAAUAAUACUCGUACUCGUAAUAAGUGACAUUAGAAAAGUGUUGAGUGGCUGUUAAUUACAAAGUAACAGCAGAGAAUAACAUGAGACUGUAAAUAAAAUAAAGCAAAAAAAAAAAAUUGUUGCAGUGAAAUUAAAUCCACUAAAAAGUAUUAAUGAAUGUGAGCGAUACUUUUCUCGAACAUUUGUAAAUUGAAAAAGAAAACAACUGCACGCUUUUACGCAACGUAUGGUGAACAAAUAAUAAAAAAAACAGACAGCGCCGUGAAUUAGAAACAAAAAAAAAGACUGUUGAUUUAAAAAGACUUGUAAAUAUAUUUACGAAUACGUGCAGCUAGCAACUAAAAAAUGGGCGUACCAGUAAUCGAUCCCGAAGAUCCUGCAGGUUAUGAUUGCAACUACGCAAGCAAGGCGUCUUCAUGCAAUUGCACAUGCACUUGUCGUGGCAAUGGCAGCAGUAGCAGUAGCAGUUACAGUGCCAGUAGCAGUUACAGCAGCAGUACCACUUACAGCGGCAGUAACAGUAACAGUACCAGUUCCAGCGGCAGUAACAGCAACAGUAGCAAUUGCUGCGACAGUAGUAGUAGCAGCAGCUGUAGUAAGCGCAACAAUCACCCCGCGGCCACCACUCUGACCCUCACAUUCGCAAACAAAAACAGUUGUGGUGCAGCCAGCAACUAUCACUACAGCGAAACAGAAUUAUUGGGCACACCCUUGAAUGCGCCACCAAUCGCACGUCUUACCAAAGAUUUGGUUGGUAACUCGAAAGAAUUUCGCAUUGAGAAUAAUAAGCGUGAUUUGCGCAUCAUUGGUAACGGCAACCGGAUACGGAUCGGUAAUAAUCAUGGUAAUUUACAAAUUAUCGGCAAUAGUACAAGACUGAAGAUUACAAAUAAUACAGGCAGCAUCAGAUAUACAGGGAAUGAAGGUCGUAUUUGCUUGGGUAGUGAUUCAGCGCAACAAAUUGUCGACUACAUAGGGAAUAAUGGCAAACUGACAGUGGUAAAGGCACCGGAAAUGUUAAGUGAGAAAAACAAAAUUCACAAACAAAAAACCCCCAAAGAGACCGAGACAGCAACGGUGUCGAGUACGGACAAAAAGUGUGCCGUGUCAGCAAGUGACAUAGCCAAUGGGACGACUACAGAAUCUACGCAGACUAUACUUCCAUCGCACUCAACACCGAAAAAAACAAAAGUGAAAUCAGCUUCCUUUGGUGGCGAUUACAGCGCACAAUGGCGUAAGUUCAAUGAGUUGUUCCAAAAACAAGAUUGGCGUAAUUUUGGAUGCACAUCAAUGCCGAACUUGAAGACGGAAAUUGGAGAGAAACCUGAGGCUGCUGAUGGUAAAAAGGCUGAACAACAGAGUAAAAAUGACAAGAGUCGUAAUGUCAAUGAUAAAACUUGUAAAAUCGAUAAAAAUAUUAAUAUAGUCAGUACGUAUGGUAAUAUUUGCAUAAAAAAUGCAGUAAAUGUUAGUAUGUAAGUAGAAAAUUGAGCGUUUUAAUGAACAAACUUUAUAUUCGUAGAAGAGAAAAUAGUUAAGUUAAGAUAAAAAGUAAUAAUUUAAGUCGUGAAAAGUGGAAAGAUGGUAGCUGAAUGGAUGAAGACAUUUAAUAUGCUUGAUUGCAGUAGUUGAAUGUUUGAAUAGUAACAAAGCUCUCUAUAAAAAAAAUUCAAUUUAUGUAUGACAAGAGUUUAUUUUCUUUUUUGUUGAGUAGAAGACAAUGAGUCAUAUAUGAAAAUGGCGCUUAAGCAUUUAAAGUAUUUAGAUAUGUGAAUAGAAUUCAUUGCCCAAGUUUCACUUAUCUUUGGCUGUAUUCAAUGCCAGCAAUACCUCUUGCCUCGUAUUUAUGAAUAGAAUAUUUGUAUAAGUUUUUUCGUUGCAAGCAAAGAAAGAAAAUAUCGCAAAAAUUAGUUUUUGCGCAGUCAAUGAUUUGAUUAAACAUUUUUUUUCUUAUAAAAAUCAAUAGUUGAAUAUAAGAACAAUAUUGUUUCGUACUAAUUCUUUAUUUGGGAGCUAAUAUUCCUUAUUUGAAUGUUUAUUUAUUUAUUAUUUGAAUCAACUACGUAACUAAACAAAGUCCCUAAAUACAGCUGUUGUUUUUGUUAAACACUUUUGUUUUUAAAUUAAUUUGCAAACUGUUCCUCAAAGUCAUAGAAAAAUAAGCUCAAAUAAGUUUACUUACUAGAUAAGCUUUACAGAAAAGUAUUACGCCAAUAACAACAACAUGUAUUUAUUGAAAAAAAAAAAAUGUAAUUGCAAACAUGGAAAAACAUGUAUCUGAACGCAAGUCAUGCUUACAAACAACUGAUAAAUAACUAAUUAAAACUAUCAGCCUAGGUAUUUAGCGCAAUUAUUUGUAAUUUUAAACAUGGUAAAACAUAUAGCAAAAAA